GUACAUGAUGCAAUUGCUAAUGUCACAUCAGAUGCUCAGGCAGUUGCUGACUGGGCGAAAGAUCAUGGUUUAGAGAUAAACUUAAAUAAAACUAGUGUUAUGUUACUAGGCACUAAUAGUAAAUUAAAAAUGAUCCAGCGUGAAAGCUUACCAUCCAUCAUUGUAAAUGGUGUUGCAUUGCCAUAUACUGACUCUUCAAAGUGUCUGGGUUUACAUGUCUCAAAUUAUUGCUCUAUAGUAUUAACCGAUGCCACAUAUGAUAAUAAUCGUAAGUUGCAAACUGCUAUGAAUUCUGCAAUCCGUUUUAUUUAUAAUUUAAAACGCGAUGAACAUAUUUCACCGCAUAGACGAAACCUAGGUUGGCUGUCAAUUAAAAGUCGUCGCAUCUAUUAUCUUUCUUGUUUCUUCUAUAAAUUACUAGAUGUUAAUAAACCCUGUUACCUACGAGAAUUGUUUGUUGAUAUUACUGGAGUAAGGCGUGCUGAUCGUUUAGCAGCGAAGAGAAAUAAUGUGAAAUUCACAAUGCCGAAAUUUUUAACAACUUCUUUUGAAUAUUCAUUUGUAGUUUCAUCAAUUCGAUUAUGGGAAGAGUUACCAUCAGAAAUUGUAUAUGCAAGCAGUAUUGAAAUUUUCAAAAAUAAAUUGUACGAUUACUUAUUUAAUCUAGAUGUAUGA